CUGAUUCCAGCUUAACGUGCCCUGGCGCUGCAUAAAGAAAGCCGUGGAUGAUAACGCUGACACUUGGGUGGUAGUGGACCAGGAGGCGCGUGCUCGACUGGCUGGUAGAACGGGAAGAAGCGAUGGCUUUGUCCACCCUGGUCUCUCGAUAGUCCCUGAGGGUGGUUUUGCAAAGGAGUCCAGAACUCUAAACUUGGGACGUUGUAAGGACUUUUGUGGGGUUAGGGUGUUGCAGGAUCUGGAGCGAUGGAGAAAUUCAAGGCCGGUAUGGUUCUGGGUGGCGUCGGCGACGCCCUGGGCUUCAGAAAGGGCCGCUGGGAAAGCUGCACAUCAGGCAGGAAGAUCCAGGAGGAACUGGCGUCUUUGGGCGGCCUGGGAGCGCUGAAACUGGACCCUGACAACUGGCCGCUGAGCGACGCCGCGCUGAUGCACAUAACCACAGCCGAGGCCCUCAUAACAGAUUACUGGUGUCUGGAGGACCUAUACCGUGAGCUGGUGCGUCUCUAUGUCGGUGCCAUGGUUUCUCUCCAGGGCAGAAGCCCUGAUCCGGCCACAGUGGAAGGCUGUGUUCACCUAAAACCUCAUAAUGUUCUCCUGGCUUGGCACACACCCUUCAAUGAAAAAGGGUCUGGUUUCGGGGCAGCUGCGAAGGCAAUGUGUGUAGGUAUGAGGUACUGGCAACCUGAGAGACUAGAAAACCUAGUGGAGGUCAGCAUUGAGACCGGCAGGAUGAUACACAAUCAUCCCACAGGCUUCCUGGGGUCCCUGGCAACAGCACUGUUUGCGUCCUUCGCAAUCCAGGGGAAACCUCUCGGAACUUGGGGCCGUGAGCUCAUGAAGGUCAUCCCUCGGGCUGAGGAGUACUGCAGGAAGACCAUAAGACAUAUGGCAGAAUAUCAGGAAAACUGGUUCUACUUUGAGGCCAAGUGGCAGUUUUACUUGGAAGAAAGGGGACUGGAAAAAGAAGGUCAGAACAAACCUUUGGUUGACAAUCGCUACGACGCUGACGACACAGAUAAGAUGUAUAAGCGAUGGAGUUCGGAGGGACGUGCUGGCCGGAGGGGACAUGAUGCCCCGAUGAUAGCCUACGAUGCCCUCCUGAUCGCAGGAAGCGACUGGGCGGAACUUUGCAGAAGAGCCAUGUUCCAUGGAGGGGCGGGUGAAGCCACAGGCCUCAUCGCUGGCUGCCUCUAUGGACUCCUGUAUGGUCUCAAUCAAGUUCCUCCCAGCCUCUACCAGGAUUUAGACAAAAGGGAACGCUUGGAGCAGCUUGGAGAGGCGCUUUACAAAGCAGCAUCUGCAGAGAAGUGCACAGACAAGUAAAAACUGCUG